CUACCAACCGGCGAUCAGUUGAGUUGCGGUGAGCGUCGCUCGGGAGAUCGGUUCGCGUCCCGUCUUGUCUUUCACGUUCGCCACGGAGUCGCGUCGAUUCGACUGCAACUUCAGGCCGAUCGUACAAGUGCGCGUCUCGGUGGAUCGGCUGACGAAACCGCGCUCGAUCUUUCAGCUGUGGCAAACGCUCGAGAGAUCAAGGGGAGGACGACGGUCCAAGGGUGCGAGCUACGAGCGACGGCAGCGGCGGGAGCAGGUCGCGUCGGCCGGAAUCGGAGGAACGCGGAUCUGCAGCUUGAAUUCGACGGAUCCUUCGGAUCGACUCGGACUCGAGCCCAGCCGAGAUUCCAUCCUGCCGCGGCCGCGAACCACAGCGCGGAAUGCGGCGCGGCCACCCGAUGGACGAUGGCCGUUAAAUCGAAGCGCACUGCGGACCUCGCGAGCGGAGAGCGAAAGCGCACAGCGGCACCUCCCGGAAGGAAGAGAGAAAUGACGCGCGAGGUCUCGCGAUAGAGAGCGGACGAAGCUGCGACCUUUUCGUAGCGCGUAGAGCAGCGCGAUAGAGAAGAAACGGCCUUGAAGACGGCGAAUGACUGCUACUGCUGCCGCUAUUGCUCCCGCUGCCGAACAGUCGGCCGCCGACCGUCUACUACCGUCGACGAUUUAUUCGGCUUUCGCAACCUCUCCCGAUCGCCGCCGACACCGGUCGUGACCUCGAAAGAGCUCUCUUCCACUUGGCCAAAGAAAGAACAGGAGAAACCCCGACGGAGUCGAGCUCGACCUCUUUGCCGAGGUCUCGUUCUCGCGAGCGACCAGACGACGACGACGACGACGACAGCAGGUGCUGGCGGCACAAUGUAGCGGUCGACCCGGCCGAAAAGGACGAAUUUUCAAGCGACGAGUGAGUGCGAAUGCGAACGAUCAACGAGGAGUCCUGCGCGGCUGACGGAAACGCGACGAUGAAGACGAUGGGCGACGUCGUCGCCGACCCCAUUGACGAGACCGACGAUGCCGGUCAACCGGCCACCGGCGUCAGCAAGGAGUUUGGCCAGAAGACGCUCAAGUCCUUGAAGAGGAGUCUGGGCCGGCUCUGGAGGAGGCACAGAGGCAACGCGUCCAUCACCGAGUACGAUCCUUGCUACAAGGUCGCGUAUCUGGGGAACGUGCUGACCGGAUGGGCCAAGGGUGAAGGCUGCGUCGAGAAGCCCGUGUCGACCCUGUGGCGGAACUAUGUGAGCAGCAGCAGGCCUGACGUCUCCAUGAGGCUGACGGUCACCAGCGGCGGUCUCACCGCAACCACGAAGGACCACGGCCUCACCGAGUACUGGGCCCACCGUGUGACUUACUGCACGGCCCCGGCCUCCCAUCCGCGCCUCUUCGUCUGGGUUUACAGGCACGAGGGUCGCAGGCUCAGGCCCGAGCUCAGGUGCCACGCCGCUCUGUGCAGCAAGGAGUCCACCGCGAGGAGGCUCGCCUCGAUCCUGAACACUCGGUUGCAGCAGGCGCUCUUGGAAUUUCGCCGGGACAAGGUCUCGCGGCAAAACGCCAGGUUGUCUCUGGCGAACGCGUUGUACGACAAUCCAUCGUUGCCGCGUAGGAAGCUUCUUCUCAGCACCGGUGGCCAGAACUACCGGCCACCGUUGGAGAGGUCGAAGAGUGCGCCGAAGCUGUCGGCAAUCGAGGAAGACACGGUGGCCGAAGAGAUGGAGCAGCAGAGGCUGCUGGAGGAGCUGCGCUCGCUGGAGAACGUAGCGCGCAGCUGGGAGGACCAAGACGGCUGGAGAAUAGCUAGGCUCCUGGACGCCUUGAAUCGCGAAUCCUCCGACGAGAAUGGCAGUAUCUCGAGCGGAUGCGAGACCGCGAGCACCGCGACGAGCGAGGAGAGGGCUUCCGGCCCGGAGGAGCACCUCACGCAGAAUCAAAGCGAUCAACAAGGACCGAUCAAGAGGGUGAUUUUCGCGGACGACAGAGUCGGCAGAGGGCUGGGGCCGCGAAGGAACUCGGAAGGCUCGCCUCACUUCAUGACCUGCGCUGGCAGUCCGCGUUUCAAUCCCGUGAAUUCUAGGAAGAGGUUUCCCCUGAGAAGCGAGGAGGAGGAAUCGAUGGAAGAAGAGGAAGAGGAGUUGGAGGACACCACGUCGAACGUGUUCGACUUUGAAGACGUCGAGGAUCUGGACGACGUGGUGGACUAUCGGCCGAGGGGUGAGAUGUUGAGCAGAAUCGAAGAGCCGCCGAACACGGAGAGGCGAGCGAACGAAAAGUAUCCCGGUAGGAUAGAGCGCGAGUUUCUGCAAAACGAUGAGACAUCAUUCCUCACGUUGGAUUCCCUCGACGAGGAGGCCGACAGCGAUGAGAGCGGUUACGUCGAGGCGCCACCAAAGUCUUUGCUCGGUCAGGACGAGAGGAAGGAGGAGGAAGAAGAGAGCGAGCAUUCACGAUUGGAGUCGUUCGAGGAUCAAUCGACAGGUUCGAUGGCAACGUGUAGAAACGCGAAGGCUAACGGUGGCGAGAGCCAGAGGCUGAAGCUCGAAGAUCCCAAGAAAGCAAUAGACAAACCGGAGGAGCGAGAGUCUCAGAAAGUGGAGAAGAAAGAUCCUUUGUUGGUUGUCGACGACAAUCAAAGAAUAAAGGAGCGGGAGAGAGAGCGUGCGGAUUUCAAGUAUCCCAUCUCGGAGACUAUCAAGAAGCUCGCUACCGCGACGUUGAGGAAUUCCAAGUCUCUGGAGAUGACGAGCAACAGUUGCAUGAACGUCUUGAAUAAUUUCAAGACCUCCAAGUCGUUCGACAACGUGAAGAACGAUGAGAUUACUGUGGAAUCUCCGAGUCUCCAUCAAAGGAAGCAACUAUUGGCUCAACGUGGUGUCAUGGUUUGAAGCAUCUCUUCGAUCGGACACUGCGUAAUGCUCGCUAAUCGUAUUAAAGAUCGAACGGAAACCAAUGAGAAGACAUUUUUAAUCGUCAUUGAGUUCCCACGGGCUCUGAAAUCGAGGACACCUGCGACGUUGUUUCAUGAAAAUAAACGGAACGAGAGUGCGCGAAUGAAUGUUCGUGCGAAAACGUGCCUGACGUCCGCUUUCUUGAUCGUUUUACCAAAUUGUUGUAUCAACUGUUUCGUUUGUCAGACGAAAAAGGUAUCUGAUUACAAGCAUCGUAUUCAUCAUGGAGUCAUUUUCCUUCUCCGCUCCUAGUGUAUUCAUAGUACGUUAUAAAAUAUCGUUAUAAUGUUAUCUCGGUGAUGGAUGAUGUAUCUCGCGCGUACUAUCGUACUCAUGCCGAGGGAAUUGGAAUAACGUUGAAGCAACAAUUGAAACACGAUUCGUGCAAGCAGCCGGCUCUCGACAGGUCCGGUCUGAGCUUCCGUGCUAAACGUGAAUCUAAGGUGCCAUCACCGAGCUUAAAAGGCGCUACUUAGUAUCGGAACUAGGCCCAGGCGCGAUAUUCUAAGGGGUGUGGUAAAAAUUACUAAUAAUUAAGUUUUCUCUUUCGAAUAAACUAGAAAUACAACGUUAUCGCCCUGUUAUUCAGCAACGAUAUACCGAAGGAUAUUCUCCAUUCAAUCGCCGUAGGCGCAAAACUACAUCUAGUUCCGGUACUGACGUUACGUGACAGGUUGACGAGGAAAAUAUAUCCAUAUUAUAACGCAUAAACACACAAACACACACACACACACACACACAGGGCGAAUAUGAAGAUACAAGUAAAAUAACGAAUCUUUAAUUUAUAAUGUGCACGUGAUAUGCAGAGUGAUGUGGAAUGUAAAAGCAUCGCUGUUUUGACUGUUAAAGGAAACAUCGACGGAUAGAUUCGUUUCAGUGUGAUGUAAUCGUAAUAAAGCCGAGACAAAAGUAA